CCUGCAGCCCGCCCGAGCCAUCAGGCCCAUCGACCGCAAGUCGGUUCAUCGCAUCUGCUCGGGACAGGUCGUGCUGAGCCUCAGCACUGCCGUGAAGGAGCUGGUGGAGAACAGCCUGGACGCUGGAGCGACCAACAUCGAUAUAAAACUUAAAGAUCAUGGAGCAGAACUGAUAGAGGUUUCAGAUAAUGGAGAUGGAGUGGCAGAGGAAAACUUUGAAGGCUUGACUCUGAAACAUUAUACAUCAAAGAUACAAGAGUUUUCUGAUCUGAUACAUGUUGGAACAUUUGGGUUUCGAGGUGAAGCUUUAAGUUCACUCUGUGCAUUAAGUGAUGUUACCAUUUUUACCUGUCAUAAGUCAGCGAAGGUUGGGACCCGUUUGGUAUUUGAUCACAAUGGUAAUAUUACUCAGAGAACUCCUCUUCCACGACAACAGGGAACAACUGUGAGCUUACAGCAGUUGUUUUACACGUUACCAGUGCGGCACAAAGAAUUUCAAAGGAACAUUAAAAAGGCAUAUUGUAUUGUUUCAAAAGGAGUGAGGAUUAACUGCACCAACCAAGUUGGCCAAGGGAAAAAAAGCUGUGUGGUAUCCACUGCUGGGAGUCCUAGUUUAAAGGAAAAUAUUGCAGCAGUAUUUGGACAAAAGCAGUUGCAGAGCCUUACUCCUUUUGUUCAGCUCCCUCCUAGUGAAGCUGUUUGUGAAGAAUAUGGACUCAACACUUCUGACACGCCACAAAAUCUGUAUAGAAUCACAGGCUUCAUCUCCCGCUGUGAUCAUGGUGUGGGAAGGAGUACGACAGACAGACAGUUUUUCUUUAUCAACCAGCGUCCGUGUGAUCCAGCAAAGGUUGUUAAGAUUGUGAAUGAAGUUUAUCACUUCUACAAUAAACACCAGUAUCCAUUUGUUGUUCUUAACAUUGGGGUAGAUUCUGAGUGUGUUGACAUCAAUGUAACUCCAGACAAAAGGCAAAUCUUACUUCAGGAGGAAAAGGUUUUAUUGGCAAUUUUAAAAACUUCUCUGAUGGCAAUGUUUGGUAGUGAUGUUAACAAACUCAGUGUCAAUCAGAAGCUUCUGGACAUUGCAGGCAACUUGAAGAAGACACUUGCUGAAGAGACAGAAAAGCCUCAGGUAGAAAUGCUAUCUGACGCCAAGACUGAAAGUCCCAGUGGUGAAGGCAAAAGAACAAUGACUCUUGCCAGGUUAAGGGAGUCAUUCUCUCUCCAUCAAAUGACAGACAGUAGUUUUCAAAGCCCUAAAAAGGUAAAACAGCAGCACAGUUCCCCCAGACAAAUGUUGCUUGAUACCACUUUGCUUACUGUAAAGACACAAAGGGCUGUCUUGGCUAAGGAGCCUGAGAGUUGUCCUAAGAUGAACUCAAAGGAGUCAAUUCCAAGCAGAAAAUUAGAAGAUAAUGCAGAUUCUGGAUGCUGCAGCAUUUCUGAGUCAGAUGCUGGAUGCAGUACACCAGAAGCUGUGAGCUGCAUCAGUAGUGAAAGUGCAGUUAAUUCCCCUGAAGAAUUCUGCAGCACAGAAGAACAACUUCAAAAUGAAUGUCUUAAAACUGCUGGAUGUAGUGAAAAAUCAUUGGACUGUGAUGUUCAGAUCUCGGGCACAGAACCUGAGUUAAAUCAAGUGAAUGACUGGACUGAUGGAAAUAAGUUCUCUCAGGAAGCCAAAGGUUCUUCCCCAAGAGUGAAAUGUCUUAAAAGCAGAAACUGUCAAAGUGAAGCAGAUGAUUCCAAGGCAGGUAAACACUCUGAAGUGAAGAACAUUAGUGUUGAUGUACUGGUAGAAGUUGAAAAGAAAACUGUGCCUCUGGAAUUCUCUAUGAAGGUUUUGGCAGAAAAGGUAAAAAACGUAAUACAGCAACAGCAGAAAAAUACAGAAAAAGAAAGUUACAGAAGAUUUAAAGCAAAAAUUAGUCCUGGGGACAAUAAAGUAGCAGAAGAUGAAUUAAGAAAAGAGAUCAGUAAAGAAAUGUUUGCAAAAAUGGAUCAUUGGCCAGUUCAAUUUAGGGUUUAUAAUAGCAAAGUUGAAUCUGAUCUUUUCAUAAUUGACCAACAUGCUACUGAUGAGAAAUACAACUUUGAGAUGUUGCAACAACACACUGUUCUCCAGGGGCAGAAGCUGAUAGUGCCUCAAAAUCUCAAUUUAACAGCAGUAAAUGAAAGUGUAUUGAUUGAAAAUCUGGAAAUAUUCAGAAAAAAUGGGUUUGAUUUUGUUAUAAAUGAAAAUGCUCCUGUAACUCAAAGAGUUAAACUGAUAUCGUUGCCAACGAGCAAAAACUGGACUUUUGGUCCACAGGACAUAGAUGAGCUGAUCUUCAUGCUGAGUGACUGCCCUGGAGUGAUGUGCAGACCCUCCAGGGUCAGACAGAUGUUUGCUUCUCGAGCUUGCAGGAAGUCUGUGAUGAUUGGAACUGCCCUGAAUGUGCAGGAAAUGAGAAAACUGAUCACCCACAUGGGUGAGAUUGAGCAUCCCUGGAACUGCCCCCAUGGAAGGCCAACUAUGAGACACAUAGUCAGUUUAGACCUGAUUUCACCAGAAUAAGUAAUUUCUCUUUAUUAACAUGUUCAAUUUUAAUUCUUGGCCAUAUUUUGAGCUUUUAUUGUGACUCUUUCAUUUGGAGUAAAAACAUUUUAGCCAGUCAUCAAAUUUGGUAACAAUAGCACUUAAAGACAAUUCAGCAUUGUAAUUCCUGCCAAGUCAACAGCAACAUACUGGAACUCACAUGUAAAAACUUUUCUUUUAUUGCAGUUUACUGUGUGUGUUACUUGUCUGUGCAAUCAAGACUUUUAUAAAAUAAAUCUAAAUGUUUAUAUAUAAA